UCCUUCUUCUUUAAAGCUUCCUUCUUUCAUUUCCACACUUUUAAAGCUGAGAUUUUUCUUCUGUUUUGUCUGCCAUUCAACGGAAAAGAAUCAAAACCCUCAUCGGAAAACAUGUUGUCUCCUUCAGAUUCUUCUGAUUCCGGUCGAUUUCUUGCCGGCCAAAAACCUGUUGUGAAGACAUCGGAGAAACCCACUUUCUCUAAUACUUGUAAUCUUCUUAGCCGUUACUUGAAAGAGAAAGGUUCAUUUGCAGAUCUUGGAAUUGAGAUGCCUCGUUUCAACUUUGAUGGGCAUCAUCGUCAACCAACUACUACUAUGAAUUUGUUCCCAUCUGGUGAUGUUCAAAAGAAAGAUGAAUUAAGAGUUGUAAAGUCACCGGAGCCGGAAAGAGCUAAGAUGACUAUAUUCUAUGGUGGACAAGUAAUGGUGUUUGAUAGUUUUCCGGCGGAUAAAGCUAAAGAAGUUAUGCUUUUAGCUUCUAAUGGAAGUUCAUCCACAGUUGUUGAAAAUGUCAAUUCGUUGCCUCCUGCUCCGGUGCCGGCGACUCCAACUCCGGUCACCACUUUGAUUCAGGAUCUACCUCAGCCACAGAGAAUUGUUACUGAUCUACCAAUUAAGAGGAAGGCUUCGCUGGCUAGGUUCUUGGAGAAGAGAAAGGAUAGAUUGACGGCGAGAGCACCGUACAACGUUGAGAAACCGAUGUCUUCGCCGGCGGAAGAACCUGCAACUGAAUCCAGGCCGUGGCUGGGUCUGUCAGCUUAAAUAAAUAAUAAUAAUAUGUAGAAGAUGAUGGAAGAAGAAGGAAGAAGAAGAAGUACUUAUUACUUUUGAGUGCUAAUUUGUACUAUUAAUUCUAUUACAACUGACUUUGUCUAUGUCUUUUAUUAUUAUUAUUAUUAUCAUAUCGGAAUGAAUGAAUGUUAUCUAAU